GAGACCACUCCUAGUGUCGGCGUCGAGCGCGACACAACACACAACGCCGGACGGAGCGACGACCGUGUGCCUGCUGGAGGCGGCCGCUGUGGAGUGCGUGCGUCCGACCGCGGGUGGUGCCGACCUGUGCGACGACACCGUGUGCGACGAGACCACCAGUGCUCACCGGCGCCGAUGAUGUCCACUCGGCUGCUAUGACGGGGUGCACACGCGCGCGACGGCACGUGUAGCUGCCCCCAGGCGAUGGGGCCCAGCCGGAGCGUGUGGCCAGCCGCGCUGCUGGUCCUCGCCCUACCAUGGGCCACUGCCGGGCCUGCAACGGGGGGCGGCAGUUUUCUGGGCGACGUGAACAUAUCCGCCAUCCUCGACUCCUUCAGCGUCAGCUACGACAAGAGAGUAAGACCCAACUACGGAGGUCAGCCCGUCGAGGUCGGGAUCACCAUGUACGUGCUGAGUAUCAGCUCCCUAUCCGAAGUGAAAAUGGCCCCCCCGUGGAGGUGGGAGUCACCAUGUAUGUGCUCAGUAUCAGCUCCGUCUCCGAGGUUCUUAUGGACUUCACGCUGGAUUUUUACUUUCGACAAUUCUGGACGGAUCCGCGGCUCGCGUUCCGCAAGCGGCUCGGCGUCGAGACGCUCUCCGUGGGCUCCGAAUUUAUCAAGAACAUCUGGGUCCCGGACACGUUCUUCGUCAAUGAGAAACAGUCGUACUUCCACAUUGCAACCACAUCAAACGAGUUCAUUCGAAUUCAUCACUCGGGAUCGAUUACGCGAAGUAUUCGAUUAACUAUAACAGCAUCCUGUCCCAUGAAUCUACAGUAUUUUCCCAUGGAUCGACAAUUAUGCCACAUAGAGAUAGAAAGUUUCGGGUAUACGAUGCGCGACAUUCGCUAUAAAUGGAACUCCGGCUCAAAGAGCGUCGGAAUUAGCAACGAGGUGGAGCUGCCGCAAUUCCGGGUGCUGGGCCACCGGCAGAGGGAGACCGUAAUUAACCUGACCACAGGAAACUACUCUCGUCUGGCGUGCGAGAUUCAAUUCGUGCGCUCCAUGGGCUACUACCUCAUUCAGAUUUACAUCCCGUCCGGCCUUAUCGUCAUUAUUUCGUGGGUGAGCUUCUGGCUGAAUCGGAAUGCGACGCCCGCGAGAGUCGCCCUCGGCGUCACCACCGUGCUCACGAUGACCACCUUGAUGUCUUCUACGAACGCCGCGCUACCGAAGAUCUCCUACGUCAAGUCGAUCGACGUCUAUCUGGGCACGUGCUUCGUGAUGGUGUUUGCCAGCCUUUUAGAAUACGCCACCGUCGGUUACAUGGCGAAACGAAUUCAAAUGCGCAAGAAUCGAUUCCUUGCCAUUCAAAAGAUCGCUGAACAGAAAAAGAUGGCCAUCGACGGCCCGGACGGUGAUCAUGCUCCCAAGCAAACAGUGAGUAAUCGUCCAAGACAAUUUUCCUACGAGGAGGUGCGCUUCAAAGUGAACGACCCGAAGGCACACAGCAAGGGCGGCACGCUGGAGAGCACGGUGAACGGCGGACGGGGCGGAGGUGGUGGCGGUGGCGGCGGCGGCCCGCCAGACGAGGAGGCGGCGCCGCCCAUUCCGCAGCACAUCAUCCAUCCCGGCAAGGACAUCAACAAGCUAUACGGCAUCACGCCGUCGGACAUUGACAAGUACUCGCGUAUCGUGUUCCCCGUGUGCUUCGUGUGCUUCAACCUCAUGUACUGGAUCAUCUACCUGCACAUCUCCGACGUGGUCGCCGACGAUCUGGUGCUGCUCGAGGAGGACAAGUAGAGAAGUCGCACCCCAAACAAAAAAAAAACAGCACCGCUUCUCUGCUCUGCUCUCCUUUCACAACAUCCCGGUCGGAAGCGAUUCACCCGCGUGCAUAUGCAGGGGGAGAGGGGCACGAAGCAGGACGGCGCGAACACCGAACGCGAACGCACUGAGAAAUGUAUUUGUGUCACAAUAAACACUCUUGUGAAGACGAAACAAGAUGGCGCACGACGCCAGCGCCACCAGCGAACACGGAAUUACAAUGAUAAUGAACAAAAAUUAACAAAGAAACGGUUCGCUCUCUCACUCUAAACGAAAAUAACGAGCAACAUCAACAUGCACAUAUACGACAUUAUACUGCGACUACUUAUUAUUAUUAUUAUACAACUAGCGUGUAAGUAGAACAGGAGAACAGGUGUGUGCGAAGUGCAGGCAACCAACGUGGCGCGUAGUUGAACACGAAACGUGCCGAGCGCGGCCGCCAUUUCGCGUGCGUUCAAUGAUAAGAACGCGGCGCGCGGCGCGAUACGCAGACGCCCACGCUCGGCGGCGAUAAUUAUAACUACUAGACUGCGUAGCUUCCUCGACAAGAGACGCGUUUGUACAUAGUAUACCCCUGACCAUAUUAUAUUCGCCUAAAUAUAAAACCAAAACAAAAAAAAAUACAUGAAAGUUAUAACCUAACAAAAAAAAAACGUAACACGAACAGCAGAGCAACCCGCGCAUGCGCCCAAGAACACGAUUUCAAUUGUUUUGUAAUACAUUUAUACGUUUCGAUUCUAUCAACGUCUCUCUGAAUAAAAAUGAAACAAAAGAAAACGCGAACGCGAGCGUAGGCUGCCAGGCGGGGACAGUGAGCAAACAAUAUUCUAACACGUAGUUCGUCGUCGAUGUUUUAAGGUUAGGUCGACCUCGGCGGGCGGGAAGUACGAUAUGCGUUGCGUUCGAAUCUUUGUAGAUAUUUCUACGUUCCUCUUUUAUACUCAAGUGAAUGCAAAAGAUACAUAUACCGUGACGAGAAGUUGCACUUUAAUAUUACACCCACACCGCCACCACACCGUUUUCACACUCUCGGACACUCUCUAUUACCCGACUGUAAGAUACGAACGGCAGCAACCCAACAUACACCCACACCGAGAAACACACUCAACACGCCCAACACUCGCCAACGAAACAAGUCUAGCAAAUUACAUAGUUGCACGCACAUUUGUCCUCGCACCGAGAUAAAGAAAAAAACGUACACACAGUUUCUUAUUAAUAACGUUUUUAUAGAUGGAGAUGUAAAAUGUCAAAAUUUCAAGAGUCCAACUCUGAUUGUUUACCGCAACCCAACAUACACUCGACACACAAAAGUAUAUAGAUAAAAAGAUCGCGUCGUUCAAAUAAAUGAAGAAAAUCUCAACCAAAUAUGCCAUAAAACGAUAAUAAAAAAACGUACUACACGAAAAAUGGUGGACAUUCGAACAAAAAAUGAAUUAUACGCUGACGAGUAUAUAAAACAUGUAAUAAGAGAAUACACGUAAUAUUAAAACCAAAAAAAAAAACGGCGAAACGAAAUUCUAAAGUGUAAUAUAAUUAUUACUUGUAAUUAUUAUUAUUAUGAUAAAAUUAAAGAUAUUAUAUUAUAUAUAUUAUACAUAAAAAAUUGAUGAUUGAUAAAACAAAGAAAUGAAGCGAAAUAGGCACACGCGCUCGUAGCCAAUAUUAUUAUACUCUAAUUAAAUUAAAAACCAAAAACCAGAGAGUGUAACAACAGCCGCGAAACAAACGACAAGCGAUUAACACUAGAAAAACGGAUCGAAAGAUAUAUAAAUGGGGUAAUAAACGGAUUGAAUAACUUAAUAGUUUCACUGACUGUACAUAACUUUUAGGAACACACAAAAACAGAAAAAAACAGAGAGAGAGGAGAACAAUUAUUAUGAUUACUAAUCAAAUAUAACAAAAAGAAAAAAGCAGAAGCAGAUGAAGAAGCGAACCGUAAUGUUGCGAACGAUGCAUGAGUAUAUAGGUUAUAAUAGUUUUGUAUUGUUUCGGGGCGUGGCCGGCGCGAUUCAAGGUCGGCAAGAUGGCGGGUGUCUCGUGGUGGCCAUCUUGCUGCGCUCGCUUCGCAACCCGCCACACACCGUUUAGUUAUAUAUAUAUAUACAUAUAUAUAUACAAAUAUAUAUGCGUCUAACUUCAUGCACUCUCACUCUUGAUGAAAUCAAAAUGGCGUUUCGUUUGUAUGCAGCACCUCCCUUCUACGAAAUAAGAUGCAAAAUGCAACCACACAUACACACAACCACACACCGAUAAACUUUUGUAACUUUUACGUUUCGAAUUUGAAUGUAAAACACACACCAAACACACACACACACAACACACGAACAUGAUUUCUUCAUCAUCCGAUAUAUAUGAUCGUACGACAAAAGUUUUAAAAGCGCCACCGCAACCAAACAUACAAACACAACGUGUACAUAUAAUGAAAACCAAUUGUAAUGCAUUGAAAUAGUCGAAGAUGAACAAAAAAGUAUUACGCAGUGUGUGUGUAUACUUACGUAAUGAAUAUUAACGAUGGCAAACUAUAUAAAAGUUGAUAACAAUGAGAACCACAGUACCGAUUUCAUUCGAACACAACAUACACACACACACACGACUAGCAACAAAUUCAACGACGACGACGCAACAAGAUGGCGGACAUUUAUUCGAAUUACAGAAAACAAAAAAAAAAGUAACUAAAUGAAUAAUUAAUGAUAAACGUUAUUAAUUAAACUGACUUGUAGCACAUUUGCACAGAGUAAGAGUCUGACGUUUUAAUAAGGAGCAAUAUUAAUUCAAGAAAUGAAAAAAAAAUACUACAUACAAGACGAUGAUGUUAUGAUAUAUACUUGAAACGCAAAAAACAAAACUGAAUUAAAUUCGUACUCAAACACACACAAGAUAUAUGAGAUGCUUAUGUAUUUGACAAAGCGGUUAUUCGAUUGCGUUUUGGUUCAUUGCUAUAUAUUAAGUUUGUUCGACGAUCUGAGAUUUUUAUUGACAUGUUUGUUUCGGUUACUCAUUGAUAUUGAUAUUAUUGAAAGUCUAUUACAAAUGAUAUGAAAAAUAUUACUGAUGAAUUAAAGAACAGAAAAGUAUGGAUA